AGAGAGGUGUAUAUUAGACGCGAUGCGUCGCGACGCACGGAUCAGAAGGACGCCGGACACGAUCGGAGAGAUCUCGUCGAGGAAUUAUUCUUGCGUGGCCAUCGGGAGACCCAGCGUUCGCCGGAAGGAUCUGGACAUGAUGAUGUAUCGGCAGCAGAAUACCCAAUCGUCAUCCAACGACGAUUCCGCGAUGUACCCAUCGGCCGCGUAUCAUUCCUCGUGUUCGACGCUACCGUCGUCGACGUCGACGUCGUCGCCGUCGUUGUCGAGGUCGUCGUCCGCGAGAUCGUCCUGUCCCUUGCUGGUGUCCGUCCUCACGUGGUCGUUGACGCUGCUACUGAUCUCGUCCUGCAUCGGCCUGGGCGCGGACGCCGCCACCCUUAGCGGCCAUCCCCUGGGCAAAAGGUCGUUCUUCGACAUCCAGUGCAAGGGCGUGUACGACAAGAGCAUCUUCGCCCGUCUGGACCGCAUCUGCGAGGACUGCUACAACCUCUUCCGGGAACCGCAAUUGCACAUGCUUUGCAAGCAAGACUGCUUCAGCACACAAUACUUCACGAGCUGCAUCCAAGCGCUGCUGCUUGAGGACGAGAAGGAAAGGUUGCAGGAGAUGGUCGAGUACCUAGGUCGCAAGAAGUAAACGGGACAUGGUCGGAGCAACGACGCGCCGCACCACGAAGGAGACACAUCACACAGUACGCGCAUCCUUAUACACACGCACGCAUACACCUACAUAAAAUACACGAUCACAUGUAUAAGACCAAGAAGGAGAUCGAUGCAGAACGCGGUCUCGGAAAAGGACUACAAGGGUAGCGAGGAGAAGGAGGGCUUCGACGCGUUGAUCGUCGUCGUUCCGCGAACACGGAAGAGUCUGGAGCUUCACGGGAUUCAAUUCGGUAACAUUCUUCACCCGAAGAGAGAGAGAGAGAGAGAGAGAACGAGGCGGGAGGGAUGAUUCAGAUGUCGCGCGUUGGAGAACGGUGAACGCGUCGAUCUCCGGAUUCCGGAGAAAUCGUCGACAACUUUUUGCCAGAUAAUUUCAUCUGGAGACGGUCGAUCGCGGGUGACCUGGAGAGAACGACACGGUAGUACUUACGACGUCUAGGUGGACCUCGGGAGGACUCGCGGUGGGAAAAUUCGCGGUCGUAUUCUGGAACGUGCGAUUCGUCCGUCGGCUCGAGACACGUGGCUCUCGGUGUCCACGUGGCGGCGAGGGAUAGCGCGAGCGUCGUUUCUAAUAUCGGCGAGUCCUCGCGGUGCGAUGAGAGUACGAUAGAGAGAAUUCGGAGGGAGACCGGAAGGGAGAGAUGGCGAUCCUCUUCGCGGUGAGUCGCGUCGUUGCUUGGCACGAUGAAGAUAACGAAGUUACACGAUAAUACACUGAAUAGCCACGGGGUAGCGAAACGGUACGAUUGCGCCAUACAAGUAAACACUCACACACACACACACACAGCGAAUCCAUACGAAUUCUAGUCGAUAAAAUAUCUGCGCUCUCGCGCACCACGCCACUCGUUUUUAUUUGAUAAUUAUUAAUCGUCAUCAUUCAUCACUAUGUAGUAAUAACGGUAAUCUAUAUUAUUAUUAUUAUUAUUAUUAUUAUUGUAUUAUUAUUCGAUUACUUUUACGCCACGAUUAUAUUUUUAUUAUUAUUGCCAUCCUUCAUCCGUUUGUUGUUUAGUUAACGAUCGAGCCAUUUGCAGCCAGUUAACGGUUGGCCGUUUGUAGAGAAGGUGCGCGCGGCAGACGAAGAGAGAGUGUCGGUAGUUGGUACAUCGUGUAACACAGAUAUAUGUACACAUUAACGUCUUUAAGGCAUACGUGAAAACCGGAAAUUGAAAACAAACGCGGGAAUCUGGCGAGUUAUUCGAAAGGCGAGACCUCUCAUUCGGCUGAGCAUUUUGAAGCGAGCGUUUAAGGAAAACGGAAGGUCCGUCGUUCGCUGAGUAGCCGACCGCUAUUAUUUUUUAUUAUUAUUAAUAUUAUUAUACCACGUCAUAGUAGAAUUAUUGUUGUUAUUAUUGCAAUUUAUAUGACGGCGUUUUCGCCCGGGGUGAACGCACUGGCCGGCACGGCGGAAGAGAGAGACGCUCGCGAUGUCCAACGGAAAUCAAUUACACGCGAGUUGAGUACGCGCGUGCACGCUGCGCGCGUCAACAUUCUCGAAAGCUUCGUCAAAGAGACAGAGACAGGCGGAAAGAGGUCUUCCUGCAAUUUAAUUUAUUUACGAGCGACGACGUCGCGAUGGAGAGCGUCUUCCGCCGUGCCCGUCCGGGGCCGCGCACGGAAACGCGUAGUAUUUAUUUAUUUUUCCACGUUUUUAAGUUAUGCAUAAGCGGCACGUAGCGAAGCAAAAGGUAUUUAGCGCGCGUAUCUAACCGAGGGAGCUGGUGUUUCGCGGGCGCGGCGGGGUAGGACGAGCUUCUUUCCCGAAGCCAAUUGGAUAAUUGGCCGAGUGUACGAUAUGCAAAACAAUCCCGGGGGAAAGUCACUCCGACCAGGGACCACUCGUCCUCGGCGGAGAAGCGAGGACGAAUGCGAGAGGACGGAAUCGAUCUCGCGGGAUCAACGGAACAAAUUUUGAUAGAAUCGUUGAAACUUGGAAGAGCAACGAUCUCUUUUGUCCAACUUUGAUUUCAAUUCAAUCUCAGUCAGAUAAACCGGACAUCAAAUUGGCCGUUUUGUUGAUCCGUUCAAUUUUGUUUUCGAAAAUCAAAGAAGAUUGCACGGACGAAAAGUAAGGCCGGCCAGGCCUGUGCCCACGAUGCUAGAACCUGGUCCAAGUUCUAGUUUCGAGAAAUGUG